AAAGUUGAUCUCGUGGUUUUUCCAUCUAUUCAUGAAUUAUUGAGGUGUGCUGUGCAUGCAAUUAUCGCUGUCUUUGUUUAGCCAAUAUAUUUUACAGCUUGAUCUAGCAAUCAAUGUCUAAUUCUAUGACAGUCUCGGUAUUUUAUUUCAUAUGCUGAAUGUUGGCUGUGUACUGUAUGUGUAACCUCAUUUACUCUGUCAUAAAUCUCAAAUGUUCCUAGAUUUUGCUAAUAAGGAGGGGGUGUCAGCUGUCCGGUAGCUGUAGAAAGUUGGACCUUCAAGUUCAACCAUUCCACAUGUCAACAUGGCAAGGAUUGGCAGACUGUCAACAAAGGGCUCAGUACUCUUACUGUGUGACAUGCAGGAGAAGUUCAGACCCAACAUCUUCCAGUUCACCAACAUGGUCAGCAACGCAGCCAGACUGCUACAGUGCACAACCUUUGACCUGCUGGAGAAGGGUAUGGAGGUCCAUAUUGUGGCUGAUGCCGUCUCGUCCAGAAGUCAGACAGACCGGUUGUUUGCCCUGUCCCGGUUGAGGCAGAGUGGAGCCUUCCUGACCACCACAGAGGCCGUCCUACUACAGCAUGUGCAAGAUGCCAAACACCCCAACUUUAGAGAGAUCCAGAAGCUGUUGGUCCAGCCGUCCCCUGACACAGCCUUGCUGGCCUUCUUCAGCUCUCUGUAGAGAAGACAAGCUCCUUCUUGUUGUCUGUGAAAUCAUCUGAAACACUGUGUGUACACAAGUAUGGAAAUAAACCCAUGCUGCUGUUUUCCA